AUGUGUAGCAGGAACUUUGGUUUGCUGAUCAAAAUCUUUUUCACUUUAAAGCGAAUUCGUCUACUCAGAACGGGUGCAGCCGGUUUUGUAUCCGGCAUGGUGUUCAAAGGGAAUCUUCGUUUAAUUUGCAGUAGGACAGAAGAGAUGCAGUCACAUCAAUUGCCAAAUAUAAUUUCCAUAACUGGCCUAGCAGUUACAACAACCUUAUCAAUUCUGGCAUCAUUAAUCAUUGCCACAUCACCUGUAUUACUGAUUCACCUGUUGAGUAGACAACCAAUUUCAAAGACACCUACUAAAAAGGAUAUCCAACGAAUCAAUAAAUUAGAAUUGGCAUUGGAAGUUAUAAAAGAAGAGAUGGCUGAGAAACGUAGAAGUCUUUUUUCUAAAGGUCGACUGCAACUUCAGCGCAUCAUCAGAACAAUUCAAAUGGAAUAUAUCAAUUUGAAUUAUGCAAUAUAA